AUGAUUGUAUCGACAACUUGUUCCUCUUGCAACAAGCCCAUACUAGACAGGUAUGUAUGCUUCAUUUUAGACAGACCCUGGCAUUCCGAGUGCCUCUCUUGUUGCGUCUGUCGAGUUCACCUCACCCAGUCUUGCUACCAAAAUAAUGGAAAACUCUACUGCAAAUUCGACUUUUACAGGCUGACCUCGACGAAGUGCGUCACUUGUCACCAGGUCAUCGGUCCCACGGACCUGGUUAGAAAAAUCGACCACUGGUUAUACCACGUGACGUGUUUUGCCUGCAACAGCUGCAGACGACCAAUCCAGACGCGAGAUGACUUCAGCGUUUCUGAGCGCGGGAGACUCAUGUGUAGGGAAGAUUACGUGAGGAACUUUUUAGUCGAAGAUAGUGGAGUUAGCUAUUCAGACAGCGCCACCAAACAGCCACAAGAACCACACGACAACGACAACGCCGACGACUACGACUGUGACGACGACGAUGAAAACGAAAGUGACGUAGCGAAUGGAAAAGGGGAAAACCCAUGUUCUGGUCAGGGCAUCUUGGGGGCAAAACGUCGCGGCCCUCGUACGACAAUAAAAGCGAAACAGCUGGAAACUUUGAAAACCGCGUUCGCUUCAACUCCAAAGCCCACGCGUCACAUCAGGGAACAACUGGCCCAAGAUACUGGACUGAAUAUGAGGGUCAUUCAGGUCUGGUUCCAAAACAGACGCUCCAAAGAACGUCGCUUGAAGCAGCUGAGCGCCCUGGGAGCCAGACGACAAUACUACAGAAACCCGCGAAAAAUGAGGAUGAUGCGAGUGGCCGGCGAUGGCGAUGACGUCACCGGAAGGCAGCCCAGUCACGUGACUGAGGUUUUCCAUCCGGGAUAUUUUACGGGAGCCGGUAUGUUUUGUUAUUUAAUUGAUCGUCGUUCCGUGUAG